AUGUUCAUCGGAUUUGCCCCUUAUGCCUUAUCCAAUAACUCACGUUUUUCGCGCACCCCACAGGGCAAGGUCGCCGAGCUGCGACAAGAGCUCAACAGUGGCGGCAAGAAGGACAGGAAUUAUUCCGCCAAGAAAAUCGCCCUGAAGAAGAUCGUCGCCAAUAUGACCAUGAGCAAUAACGAUAUGGUUGCACUAUUCCCGGACGUCGUCGAAUGCAUGAACCUUCCGAGUUUAGAGAUUAAGAAGAUGUGUUUCCUGUUCUUGGUCAACUAUUCGAGGAUAAAGCCCGAUGUUGCGCUGAGGGCACUUCCAACCCUAGUCCAGGACAUGGGCGACAACAAUCCUCUCGUGCGCGCUCUUGCCUUACGAACUAUCUCAUACAUACACGUGCGCGAAUUCGUUGAAGCGACGUUUCAGCCGUUGAAGCGAUUGAUGCAGGAUAAUGACCCGUAUGUUCGAAAGACAGCUGCGUUCUGCGUUGCUAAACUUUACGAGCAUGAUAAAAAAACCGUCGAAAAUUCAGACCUGAUCGACCGUCUGAAUCGCAUGUUGAAAGAUGAAAAUCCCACAGUUGUCUCUAGUGUGCUGGCUUCUCUGGUAGACAUCUGGGGCCGCAGUGAAUCAAUCUCCCUGACGAUCGACUACACGAGUGCUUCAAAGCUAGUUUCGAUCCUCCCGGACUGUUCCGAGUGGGGCCAGACAUAUAUUCUUGAGGCGUUAAUGUCAUAUGUUCCCCAGGAUACUGCGGAAGCUCUUCUGCUAGCAGAACGUAUCGCCCCACGGUUAUCGCAUUCGAAUUCCGCAGUCGUUCUCACCUCAUGUCGAGUGAUCCUCUACUUGAUGAACUAUAUUUCUGGAGAGAAGCAUAUCACAUCAUUGUGCAAGAAGAUGUCACCACCACUUGUCACCUUGUUGGCGAAGCCCCCGGAGGUUCAAUAUUUGGCUUUGCGCAACGCAAUCCUGAUUCUUCAAAAGAGGCCCGAAGUCCUGCGAAAUGAUAUUCGCGUUUUCUUUUGUAACUACAACGAUCCCAUCUACGUCAAGGUGACUAAGUUGGAAUUGAUGUUCAUGCUGACCACGAAAGAAAACAUCACUGUGGUUUUGGCAGAACUUCGAGAAUAUGCAACCGAAAUCGACGUCCACUUUGUGCGAAAAGCUGUGCGUGCUAUCGGGAAACUUGCUAUUAAGAUCGAGUCCGCGGCGCGUCAAUGCAUCGAUACACUUUUGGAGUUGGUAGAUGCCAAGAUUCCGUACAUCGUCCAGGAAGCGACAGUAGUGAUUCGCAACAUCUUCCGCAAGUAUCCAAAUCAGUACGAGGGUAUUAUUAGACAUGUCAUCAGCAAUAUUGAUGACCUGGACGAGCCAGAGGCCAAGGCGGCAAUCAUUUGGAUCAUCGGUCAAUACGCUGAUCGAAUUGAGAAUUCAGAUGGACUUUUACAAGAUUACCUAGCCACAUUCCAUGAUGAGACGAUUGAGGUACAGCUCGCUUUGCUCACAGCCACCGUCAAGCUCUUCAUCCAACGGCCCACCAAGGGCCAACAGCUUGUGCCUCAAGUUCUCAAAUGGUGCACCGAAGAAACAGAUGACCCCGAUCUUCGCGACCGCGGUUACAUGUACUGGCGUCUCCUGUCCACCGAUCCCGCAACUGCAAAGCAAGUUGUGAUGGGUCAGAAGCCGCCUAUCACCGCAGAGAGCGAGAAACUUGAUCCACGGACGCUCGAGGAGCUAUGCCUGAACGUUGGAACCCUGGCUACAGUUUAUCUCAAGCCUAUCAACCAGGUUUUCCGUGCAGCUCGACCCCGUCGACUGCAGCAGAGCCCGGCCCUUCAACGACCCCGUGUGGAGGAUGGCACUUCGCCGCUGCUGGAAUACAACCCCCCAGCGGCCGCUACGGCUUCAACUAGCAGCAGCGGUCUGGCUACCAUUACGACCACCGGCAACCCAAUCAGUCCUGUCCACGACCCCCCGCCUCCAAACCUCCCAGUAGGUCCCAACCAAGCAGCCGCGGCGAAUACAAACGCUACUUCUGCUGAAGCCAUCAGUGCCGCUGAUUCAUACUUCAAUGGAAUUGGAUCUCAGCAGAUGGCUUCGAUGAACCUCGGCGGCCGUGAGGAGAGUGAGCUAGGUGGUGGUGGCACCCAGCAGUACGUCGUUACCCAGAACUUGCAGCAGGUUUACCAGCCGCAGCUGGCCGGCGGUGCUGCUACGGGCGAGUUGUUGCUUCUUUAA